GCCGCCGCCAUGAUGCUGGACGCGCUGCGCUCCAUCCCCACGCAGAUGGACUACAAGGGCCAGAAGCUGGCAGAGCAGAUUUUCCAAGGAAUCAUUCUGGUCUCUGCAGUCAUUGGUUUCAUCUACGGCUACAUCACCGAGCAGUUUGGAUGGACGGUCUAUAUCGUCAUGGCCGGUUUUGCUUUAUCGUGUCUGCUGACGCUCCCGCCGUGGCCCAUGUACCGCCGCAACCCUCUCAAGUGGCUGCCCGUCCAGGAUUUGGGAACAGAAGAUAAGAAGCCAGGUGACAGAAAGCCAAAAAGGCACACCAAAAGCUAAAAAUUUUUUUUUUUUU